GUUUAAAGGUCAGAAGAAAGGAGCAAGUUUUGCGAGAGGCACGGAGAGAGAGUGCUGGCAGUACAAUGACAGUUUUCCUUUCCUUAGCUUUCCUCCUCGCUGCCAUUCUGACUCACGUAGGGUGCAGCAACCAGCGCCGGAGUCCAGAACACGGUGGGAGAAGAUAUAGCCGGAUUCAGUAUGGGCAAUGUGCCUACACUUUCAUUCUUCCAGAACAUGACGGGAACUGUCGUGAGAGUAGGACAGACCAGUACAACACAAACGCUCUGCAGAGAGACGCUCCGCACGUGGAACCGGAUUUCUCUUCCCAGAAACUCCAACAUCUGGAGCAUGUGCUGGAAAACUAUACUCAGUGGCUGCAAAAAAUUGAGAAUUACGUGGUGGAAAAUAUGAAGUCGGAAAUGGCCCAGAUACAGCAGAAUGCAGUUCAGAACCACACGGCCACCAUGCUCGAGAUAGGAACCAGCCUCCUCUCGCAGACCGCAGAGCAGACCAGAAAGCUGACAGAUGUGGAGACGCAGAUGCUAAAUCAAACAUCCCGACUUGAAAUACAAAUGCUGGAGAAUUCAUUAUCAACAUACAAGCUAGAGAAGCAACUUCUUCAACAGACAAAUGAAAUCCUAAAGAUUCAGGAGAAAAACAGUUUAUUAGAACAUAAAAUCUCAGAAUUGGAGGGAAAGCACAAGGAAGAGUUGGACACCUUAAGGGAAGAGAAGGAGACUCUCCAAACCUUGGUUACUCGGCAAACAUAUAUAAUCCAGGAACUUGGGAAGCAGCUGAAUAGAGCAACCACCAACAACAGUGUCCUUCAGAAGCAGCAGCUGGAGCUGACAGACACAGUGCAUAACCUCGUCAACCUGUUCACUAAAGAAGGUGUUUUACUAAAGGGAGGAAAAAAAGAGGAACCAUUUAGAGACUGUGCAGAUGUAUAUCAAGCUGGUUUUAAUAAAAGUGGAAUCUACACUAUUUAUAUUAAUAAUAUGCCAGAACCCAAAAAGGUAUUUUGCAAUAUGGAUCUUAAUGGGGGUGGUUGGACUGUGAUACAGCAUCGUGAAGAUGGAAGUGUGGAUUUCCAAAGAGGUUGGAAAGAAUAUAAAAUGGGUUUUGGAAAUCCCUCUGGUGAAUACUGGCUGGGGAAUGAGUUUAUUUUUGCCAUGACCAGUCAGAGACAGUACACACUCAGAAUCCAGUUAAUGGACUGGGAGGGAAACCAAGCCUAUUCGCAAUAUGACAGAUUCCACAUAGGAAAUGAAAAGCAAAACUAUAGGUUGUAUUUAAAGGGUCACAGUGGGACAGCAGGACAGCAGAGCAGCCUGGUCAUACAUGGCGCUGAUUUCAGCACUAAAGAUGCCGAUAAUGACAACUGUCUAUGCAAAUGCGCCCUCAUGCUCACAGGAGGCUGGUGGUUUGAUGCUUGUGGUCCAUCCAAUCUAAACGGAAUGUUCUAUACAGCGGGACAAAACCUGGGCAAACUGAAUGGGAUAAAGUGGCAUUACUUCAAAGGGCCCAGUUACUCCUUACAUUCCGCAACCAUGAUGAUCCGACCUUUGGAUUUUUGAAGGCACGAUCUCAGGAGCAGUUUAUAAAAACAACAAAGAAAUCUGGAGACGCUACCAGAUGAGAAACCGCUUGAAAACUUCUGGAGCAAAACCAUGUGUCCCCCUUCCGGCAGCAGGCAGCAGUUCCGUGAAAUCAGCAAGGUUCUUGA